GCUCCAGCCCAAAUCAGAUUGUUUACACCCAUAUUCGCAUUCCUUUCUCGAGCCUGAACACCGUCCACUUCCAACCGGGCAAUGGCGAUGAACCUUGCUAUCACCACUCCUUUGACCGCUCCCCGGCUACCCCUAAUCCGGCCGAGCGCUUCUGCUCAUCCGAGGAACUCUUGCUAUCCCACUAUGAUUGUCUCUACUUACCAUACCAAGAAGAGCUGCCGCUUCUCCCGAUUCCUCUCUCCAAUUCCUUCCACCGUUAGUUCUUCUGGUAUUGCAUCCACCGCUAGUGACGAGGAUAUUACAAGUUCUUUGGAGAAAGUAGAGGUUUAUGAUUUAAUGGGAAAAGCUAUUCCGAUUUUUGAUUUGUGGAGAGAUAGGAAAGCGGUUGUUGCAUUUGCUCGCCAUUUCGGUUGCGUUCUCUGCCGCAAGCGGGCUGAUAUUCUUGCCUCUAAGAAGGAUUUAAUGGAUGCAGCAGGUGCGGCGCUUGUUCUAAUUGCACCUGGUACUGUUGAUCAAGCGAUUGCAUUUUUUGAGCAAACCCAGUUUAAAGGAGAAGUUUAUGCAGAUCCAACCCACUCAUCUUUUGAUGCUCUCAAUUUUGCUUAUGGAGUAUCAACAACCUUCACUCCUAAGGCUGGUAUGAAAAUCAUCGAGUCUUAUCUUGAAGGAUAUAGGCAAGACUGGGGACUUUCAUUUAAAGAGAAUACGAGGAGCAAAGGUGGUUGGCAACAGGGAGGUAUUUUAGUUGCAGGUCCCGGAACCAGUAAUAUCUCUUACUUUCAUAAGGACAAAGAAGCUGGAGAUGAUCCUAAUGUAGAAGAUGUUCUGCAAGCAUGCUGUUCAUAAUUAAGAAUCUAAUCUAACUUCACGUCUAUAUAUAUAUAAUCUGUGAUAUGAGAAUAUAAAGUAAAAUGAAAAUUGGACCCUAAAUCAUUUGUAUUCUUUCUGUAUUUGUCUUCAGAAAUGUAGCUGAUGAAUGGAAAAUGGGGCAUAAACAAUUUUGCGGUCUGCAACGCAAUUCUUGUAUUUAGGACUUAUGAUUUGAGAGUUUUUAUCUCUUUGGAAUGAUGAGCUAUUAUUCACGAACUAAAGUAGUUGAGCUUUAAUUAGCUCAACUGUUGUUUAGUUUCUUUUUUAAACUAGCAAUUUGUUGUUGUUGUUGUUUACCUAGCGAAAUCUUGCCAUCAUUGUAGCUUUUACUGUAAACUGAUUGUGAAUAUAAUUAUGGUCUAUCUGAA